AUGGCUCUCGAAAUAGACCUGUCCAUUAACGAAAACGCCAAAGGUGUGUUGUACAAUACUACCAACUCAUGCAACAUACAACUGAGUAGGAAACACUAUCUAGCUCAGGACAGCGAGAAAGGUGCCAUCGAUAACCUUCCACAUUCAACAGUCGACGAAGCUUCUAUCCAGUUCGCCCACAAAUGGUCUUCGUCAUACGGCCGACGCCCGAUUUUCCUUGUCUCCUUCGCCAUUUACACCGCCUUUACAUUGGGCUGUGCUUUUGCGCCGAAUUGGCCUGUCUUUCUCUUCUUUCGUUUCCUGCAGGGCUGUGGUGCUGCAGCUCCCCAGACCGUGUCCAACGGGCUUUUCUCUGAUAUAUACCCGGAUCUGAAACAGAGAGGACGCGCGGUCACUAUUUUGGGACUCACGAGUAAUGUCGGGCCUCUCUUUGGUCCUAUUAUAUCCGGGUUUGUGUCCUCUCGCCGAUGGAACCGGCAGUUCUGGGUUGUCCUGGCUAUGGCAGGGGUGAAUUGGCCGAUGCUGUUAUUCAUGCAAGAAACAUUCGCUCCAGUCAUUCAAGCCCAUGAAACAGGGUUACAAGAGGCUCGGAAAGUACCAAACUCCAAGGAUCUUUUCUUGCUUUUAUUGCGCCCUGUUAGGAUUACCGCAGAGCCUCUGGUCUUUUUCACUGAUCUGUUCAUUCUCUACCAGUACAUCAUCUUCUUUCUAUACUUCGGCUUGUAUCCGCUUGUAUUCCGGGACACGUACAACAUGGCACCAGGUGUAUCGGCGCUGAUGUUUCUUGGUACAGGCGUGGGAGCCGUCCUGGCGAUCUUCAUCUUCCUAGCCUGGGAACGCUACCACUCGCGUGCUGUACAGCAGGGACGAGCAUGGGCACAAAGAGAGGAAUACCGUCGACUGCCCCUGGCCUGUCUCGGCGGUCCGCUGUUUGCAAUUUCCGAAUUCUGGCUCGGCUGGGCUGCUCGUCCUAGCAUCCACUGGAUUGUGCCCGCCUUAUCUGGGAUACCACUCGGCAUCGGGAUCGAUCUCACGUUCAUGGCGCUGAACAAUUAUCUGACUGAUGCUUAUGGGAUAUACAGUGCCUCGGCAACGGCUUCGAGUGUUGUCACUCGCAAUAUUCUCGCUAGUAUUAUCAUUCCAUUGUGUACCUAUCCUCUGUAUCACAACCUGGGUGGUUUGUGCUGUCUGAUGAUUCCUAUUCCGUUUGUGUUUCUGCGAUGGGGGACUACUUUAAGGGCUCGUAGUCCGUUUUGCCGGCAGUUGAAUGGCUGA